GGGCGCGGAGAGUGAGCGGGGACGGCGGGCGGUGGCGCCGCGGACAGGUGCAGGAUGUCCUUCAAGAAGGAAACUCCACUUGCCAACGCUGCAUUCUGGGCAGCAAAGAGGGGAAACCUGGCCCUGCUGAAACUGCUGUUAAACAGUGGCCGUGUGGACGUGGACUGCAGAGACAGUCAUGGCACCACCCUUCUCAUGGUUGCCUCCUAUGCUGGCCACUUAGACUGUGUGCGGGAGCUGGUUCUGCAGGGAGCAGACAUCAACCUCCAGAGAGAGUCAGGCACAACUGCCCUGUUCUUCGCUGCCCAGCAAGGCCACAAUGAUGUUGUGAGAUUUCUCUUUGGAUUUGGCGCAUCCACUGAAUGUCGGACUAAAGAUGGGGGCACUGCCCUGUUGGCUGCUAGUCAGUAUGGGCACAUGCCAGUGGUGGAGACCUUGCUGAAACACGGAGCCAACAUCCAUGACCAACUUUAUGACGGAGCCACUGCCCUUUUCCUGGCUGCCCAAGGCGGUUACUUGGAUGUCAUCAGACUACUAUUGUCUUCAGGAGCAAAAGUCAACCAGCCAAGGCAGGAUGGAACCGCGCCACUGUGGAUCGCAUCCCAGAUGGGCCACAGCGAGGUGGUGCGCGUGAUGCUGCUGCGGGGAGCUGACCGUGACGCUGCUCGCAACGACGGUACGACAGCAUUGCUGAAAGCAGCCAACAAAGGGUAUAACAAUGUCAUAGAGGAGCUGCUCAAAUUCUCUCCCACUCUCGGUAUUUUGAAGAAUGGGACCUCGGCUCUCCAUGCAGCAGUGCUUAGCGGGAAUGUUAAAACAGUUGCCCUGCUCCUGGAAGCAGGGGCAGAUCCAGCCUUAAGAAACAAGGACAAUGAGCUGCCAGCAGAACUAACCAAAAAUGAACACAUACUGCACCUCCUGAGACAGAAAGAAGGACCUGAGAAGAAUGAACUCGGAUCUAUCUUAGACAGAUAGGAACUUAGGCCACAGUGUCCAGAAAGAAAUGGUUCUUAACAAUUUUGGAAAUGAAGAAAGAGUGUCUGCCCUGUGGGUUUGCACAUUGUGCACUAAUCCAGGAAGGGCUCCAUUAUUUACAGUGGGCUUCUCACACUGCCCUGUAACUUGGCCCUCGGAGACAUGGGUAGUCACAGAUUCCACAGAAACUUAUCUACAGCUAUGUCAAGGUAAAUCCCUAAGUUUAACUCCAUGUUGGACAUGGUUUUAGUGCUAAAAAAGGAAACAAAAGCUUCACUCUUUAAGAGUCAGAGGCGGCCCUUCAAUGAAGCAGUACAUGUUUACUUUUGUGUUUAAUGUAGCUAUGCUAAAAUACAAUGUGUUUAAUGUAGCUGUGCUAAAAUACAAUGCCUCCAUCAUCAUAGUUUCAUUUGUCCAUUCACUGUAAAGUAUUUUCUACCACCCAAAUAUCAGAGUUGUGUUAUUGUGAGCCAGUGUAUACAUAAGCAUCUGUUAUUUAAGAUCCACUUCUGACAUUCCAUUAUGUGCUACUCAAAGAUAGGCCAUUAACACACAGAAAAGAUAAACUAUAUGUUGGUAAAACCUCAUCUUUUUCCUGUCAUGUAAAGUCACUGUCUCCUAGUCCACAUUGUCAGUGUAUGAGGAUAUUAAUAGGAAAUUGAAAAUAGCUACAAACCACAAGUCUCUUUGAGCUUUGACUCUGGUUGUAUGGUCUGGAGUCCACUUCCGAAGGCACAGGUGAGGACAUGAUACACUGGGGAAUCUGGAGCUUCCUGCAGCGUAGUGUCUGACACACUGACACUAAGCUCACUGGAAGAAACAUGAUACACAUGAGUACGGUUGCUGUUACUCUCACUACUGGGGACUACCCACAGUAAAGGCAGUUGUUAGUAUUUACCAGAUGCUCAUUUAUGCAUGUUCGUGGGUGAAUUGGUCCCAGUAAAGAACUACAAGUUCACCGAACUGUUUGAGGAGGGUCUAAAGUUGAUGCUCAGUGCACUUUCACUGGUGUCUCACUGCCUCUGCCAGUGCCUAACUGCAUAUACAGAAAUCCAGCUUUCUUCUAUAAUGCACCCUAUGAAACACUGAUAGGACUUUCAUGUUUAAACACAUAGCCACUAUUCUAGCUCAGACUAUGUCCAGGUCCCACCCAGGAGUCUCUAUGAAAGUCCUACUAAGAUGGAGGGAAAAGGAACCCUAAGGCAGGUCUUGCUUAGCUAACGAAUGAGAAGCACUCCCUCUAAGUCUAAAAAGGCCAGAACAGAACCUUUGAAAUCAGAAAAUGCUCUCUUAAAAUUGUUUAUGAAAAAUGUAAUCAGAAUAAUAAGAUUUUGAUAAACAUUGCUAACAAAGCCAGUGACAAACAGCACACAGCCCUCAGAGAAGGAUAAAGUCUGACGGGCUCUGAGGAAAUCCCCAGUCUAAUUUCAAGAUAAAAGAUUAGAAAGCUGUGCGUUGCCACCACAGCAGACACAAAUAUUUUGGUAGCUCAAGAUCAGUACCAGUUUCCCCAUUGGCAGCCUUUUCCUCUGCAAAGUAUGCAAAUACACACUUCCUCCACGGGAAUUUUGAAAUGCUAUAUUUGCCUUGAAGAAGAAAUUAAUGUGGAUUUAAAUCCUUUCAAUUUCCCCUUUAUUUAGCCCUAUACCAGAACCACUUGUUCAUCACAGGUCCAAAAGAAAACAGCAUUGCAAAUACCACCACCACCACCACCACCAAAAGACAGUAUCAGAAACUUCAUGUUUUUCAUUAAAAACUCCUGACAUUGGCCUGUUCUUCAUAUGAGCUAUUUUAGAGCCAUGAAAUUAAUUCAGUAUCUUUAGCAAUACUUAAUAAAGACCUUUGUAUUGUCUGGAUUAGCAUUUAAUCUAGAUGUGAUUAUGAUGUUAUCCGUGGCAGGGAAAUUGGUUAGGAACCUAAUGAAGACUGAACAAGAUGUCUGUUAUUUGAGAAACCAUGUUUCCAUUUGCACACAUGUAAAGGACUCAUUAUAUUAGACACGUUGGUGACCCAGCCAGCCUUCAUCCAAAGACAACAUGAGCAGUUCUUGUGCAAAUAAUCCUUUUAGCUGAACUACAAAAGUUUGUCACUACAUCCAUCUGUUUGAUAAUACAUCCCAUGCUAUACAUAAAAUAAAUACACUUCCCAAUU